AGCCUCAGUCUGAACGCAUCCACCGGAGUCGAUCCAACGCGAGAGAAACACGCCAAAGUCAACAAACUCGAUGUUAUGACCCAUAUUUAGGAACUUUUUACGGACUUUCUCCUGACCUACACCGAAUUUAGGACUUUUAAAAAGCAACGCAUUUUAUCUCCCUUUUCACGUAUCGGUGAUGCCCGCUGGUAUGUUCAGUAUCGACAGUAUCCUGGCCGGGAGACCCACUUGCAAGGACUCGGUGCUCCUCCAUCGGAAUCCCCCAGUGGUGUUCUCUAACCUCACGGAUUCCAUCUACACUGCUACCGAUUACAAUGGACUCUACUCGCACGCAACUGGACCUUCUCCCCCGGGGAUGCAGGCGGUGAACGGGACUAGAAUAGGAUAUAAUAACUAUUAUUACGGACAACUGCAUUUGCAGGGCCCCAAUGGCCCUGCGUGCUGCAGCGCUAUCCCAACCCUCGGCUCGCAACAGUGCCCAUGUAUUCCAACAGGUUAUGACAGCACGGGCUCCGUGCUUAUCUCUCCCGUCCCGCACCAGAUGAUGUCCUAUAUGAACGUGGGCACCUUGUCUCGGACCGAGCUCCAGCUCUUGAACCAGCUCCACUGCCGACGUAAGCGGAGACACCGAACCAUCUUCACCGACGAGCAGCUUGAGGCUCUGGAAAACCUUUUUCAGGAGACCAAGUACCCUGACGUCGGCACACGGGAACAGCUCGCGCGGAAAGUGCAUCUACGUGAGGAGAAGGUCGAGGUGUGGUUCAAAAACAGACGAGCGAAAUGGAGAAGGCAGAAAAGGUCGUCCUCGGAAGAAUCUGAAAACUCACAGAAAUGGAACAAAUCGACGAAAAUACCCACAGAAAAAACCGAGGAAAGCAAAAGUGACGUGGAUUCUGACAGCUGAUGUUGGUCUAACACAAAACGAGAAAAGACCGUUGGUUGCAUAUAUGCGCAAAUCUUGCACAUCCACACCAAUACAUACAAGAUUUUGACUUUUUGUACAUAGUGUAAAUGUCAUGUGGACUGAAGUAAUGAAAUGUGUUGCCAUGAUGUUGCACAGUUGUAUAGUAAAUAUUACUUUUUAUUAUUGCUAUGGGGGUAGGCUAUUUAUAUUUAUUUUAAAGUGUAAUGUUAUGCAUACCAUCUCGAAGAUGUGGUGUGCAAGGAGCCUGGACCAAUUUUCUGGCGUGUCUCAAUACUUUGCGAUCUGACAUGACAUCUCAUAUGGAUAUUACUAAAUGUUAUAAAUCUGAUAUUGUUUGGUCUAUUCAUCAUCACGAUUUACUGCGAGGAAUAUUCUGAAACCACAUCAAAUGGGAGAAUGUAUUUUAGAGCUUACUAGACGGGGGCAACCUUUAUAAGAUACAUGGACUGAGUAUAUUUGUCAACCAACAGGCGUGUUUUGGGGAUUUUGACUGAAACGUUUUGUCUAUAUGUUGCAAUUAACGACAAUUACAGUAAGAAUGAAUAUACAUUAAAUCAUAUCUGAAUCAUCUCUAUUUCGUUUGUCUCUUUUCAAUUAAUGUAUUUUU